GCAAAGCAUGGUAUUGUGUUUAGUGUAAAACCGAAAAGGAGAAUAAUGGAGAGUAUAUGUGAUGGAACAUGGGAGAACCUACCAGUGAAACUUCACGACAGCAUAUUGCUGACUCUGAAGAAGCUGGGAUUCAUUUAUAUGACUCCGGUCCAGUCAGCAUGCAUCCCUCUUUUCAUGAGUAAUAAAGAUGUCGCAGCCGAAGCGGUUACAGGCAGUGGGAAGACUCUCGCUUUUGUCAUUCCUCUGCUGGAAAUCCUCAUUAAGCGCGAGGAGAAGCUGAAGAAAAUGCAGGUUGGCGCAUUGAUCAUCACACCGACCCGAGAGUUGGCAAUUCAGAUCAGUGAAGUUGUGGGCCAAUUUCUUGAGGAAUGUCCUCAGUUCAGGCAGAUACUUUUAAUUGGUGGAAGCAACCCCAUUGAAGAUGUUGAAAAGUUUAAGGCUAAUGGUGCGAACAUUGUAAUCGGAACCCCCGGGCGGCUGGAGGACAUGUUCAGGAGGAAAGCUGAUGGCCUCGACUUGGCCAGCAGUGUAAAGUCUUUGGAUGUGCUUGUUCUUGAUGAAGCUGACAGACUGCUGGAUAUGGGCUUUGAAGCAAGCCUGAACACUAUAUUGGGUUAUUUGCCCAAGCAGAGGCGCACAGGCCUUUUCUCCGCGACGCAGACUCAGGAGCUGGAGAAGCUGGUGAGGGCCGGCCUCCGUAACCCGGUCCGCAUCACUGUGAAGGAGAAAGGAGCAGCAGAUACUAUUGUGCAGAAGACACCAGCAAGACUUAGUAAUUACUACACAAUCUGUAGAACCGGAGACAAGUUCAACACCCUGGUGGCUUUCCUGAGACAACACAAACAUGGGAAGCAGCUUGUUUUCUUCAGUACCUGUGCUUGCGUGGAGUAUUUCGGCAGAGCACUGGAGGUCUUUAUUAAGAACGUGACCAUCCUUUGUAUCCAUGGCAAGAUGAAGGACAAGCGGAACAAGAUCUUCUCUGAGUUUCGGGAAUUAAAAAGUGGGAUACUCGUGUGUACUGACGUGAUGGCAAGAGGCAUCGACAUCCCUGAUGUGAACUGGGUGCUACAGUAUGAUCCUCCGAGCAGUGCAAGUUCUUUUGUGCAUCGAUGUGGCCGAACUGCUCGUAUUGGGAACCGAGGCAAUGCACUUGUCUUUCUCCUGCCAAUGGAGGAGUCUUAUGUAAAUUUUCUGUCUAUCAAUCAAAAAUGUCCUCUCCAGCUAUACCCCCCUGUGAAGGACGUAGUGGAUGUGUUGCCCAAAAUGAAGUCUCUGGCUCUAAGAGACAGGGCUGUAUUUGAGAGAGGAAUGAAGGCGUUCGUCUCAUUCGUCCAGGCUUACGCAAAGCACGAGUGCAGCCUGAUAUUCCGGGUCAAAGAUCUGGAUUUUGCCGCUUUAGCUCGAGGCUUUGCUCUACUUCGCCUUCCUAAGAUGCCCGAGUUGAGAGGCAAGACGUUCCCCGACUUUGAAGAGAUCACAGACACAGAUUCAAUCCGCUUCAAAGACAAGAACCGAGAGAAACAGAGGCAGAAAUCCUUACGGGAGCAAAAUGAAAAGCAAAAGCAGGCACCAUGCCAUAAAAAGAACUUCAUUAAGAACAAAUCCUGGUCCAAGCAGAAAUCCAAGAAGGAUAAGAAGAGGAAGGUGGCUGCCAAAAGAAAGAUGAAUGAGGGAUCAGACGUGGAUGACGAGGACAUUGAUGAGCUUUUGACUGACACACGUCUACUGAAAAAGCUGAAAAAGGGGAAAAUUAGCGAAGACGACUUUGAUAAUCAAAUUAAAGCAGAAAGAAAUUUAAAGCCUAACCGAGCAGGUCCCUCUCAUGAGGACAGCGCAGAUGAAGACAGCGAAUGAAACACACAGCCCUGGACUGUUUAUUAACAUUUCUAUUCUGCUGAGAUCUCACUGUGCUGUAUCAGCACAGGCAAAAUGUUGUGGCUACACAUUUAUUAUUGUUAUUGUUAUUGUUAUGUCAGUUUCUAUGAUAUGGGUGUUAGGAAGUCAGUUAGUGAUGUAAAGUAAGGAGGCCUGUGGUGCAGUUAGCAUUCACUUCAUCCUGAAGGUAGCUCGUACCGAAAGGUAGGGUUGUGGUCAGAGUUCUAUAGCAGAUCACUCAAGAUCUUUUACUUCAACCUAUUUGAAUGGGUUGGAGUGAAAGACCUUAUUUUCAUCGAGCUCACUUUGUGCAAAGGGCCAUUGUCAUGAUAAAAUAGGUUUUCUAGUUCAAGUAAAGGGAAAAUGUAAUGCUACCACAUUCAUAGACAUCACAUAUGUCUGCCUCCUACUUUGUGGUAGCAGUAUGUGGAGAAGAAGCACAUAUGGCUGGAAAAGUCAGGUUAAAGCCUGUAGAAUUCCAAUAGUGAGAUAAUUGUAUGUAUCACAGAAAUCAUAUUUUGAAAAAAUAUUUUAAGUAUUUUAUUUCUUAUUGUUUGAUACAAAAGUAAUAGUUGUAUUGAAACAUUAUUAUCUGAAUCAGAGGCUUUUCUGUAAUGUGUGAACUGAAAUGUGUUUUUGAGGGAGGAAUGCAUUUUGCAGAAUGUCUUGUGAAAAAAUAAAUGCAAAAUAAUAAUUUCUUAUUAA